AUGAUCACCGUCAUCACCGAGGAUGACCGCACCUUCCCCAUCGAUGUCGACGCCAGCAUCGAGCUCGAAAACCUCAAAGCCUUGCUAGAGGUCGAUUCCAACAUCCCUCCCAAUCAGCAGCAGCUCCUAUACGGAGGCAAGCUGCUCAGCGACGACAAAGCAACGCUUGCAAGCUGCGGAGUGGCGAACGAUGACCUGCUGAUCCUGCGGGAUCUUCGUCAGGCAUCCUCUUCCGCGGCUGGCUCCUCCUCUACGGCCGCCGGGCAAAGAACUGCUGCCCCACCGGCAUCAGAAGAGCAAGCAGCCGAGCAGCUGCGUCAACAGAUCCUUGCCGACCCCAACGCCCUCUCCAUGCUCCGCAGCAACAAUCCGCAGCUCGCGGAUGCAGCCGCUAAUUCUCCCUCCCGCUUCCUGCAGAUGCUCCGUGCCCAACGCUCCGCCAUGGAAUCCCAAGAUUCCGAGCUGAACGACAUCACCGACGAGUUCGACAUCGACGCCCAACGGCGGAUCGAAGAGAACAUCCGCCAGCAGCGCGUGAUGGAGAACCUCGAGCACGCCAUGGAGUACUCCCCUGAAUCCUUCGGUCGGGUCACCAUGCUCUACGUCGACUGCAAGGUCAACGGUACGCAUGUCAAAGCCUUUGUCGAUUCGGGAGCCCAAGCGACCAUCAUGUCGCCCGAAUGCGCCGAGAAGUGCGGCAUCAUGCGGCUGCUCGAUACGCGCUUUGCGGGCAUCGCCCGGGGUGUAGGCACGGCCAAGAUCCUCGGUCGUGUCCAUUCGACCCAGCUGCAGCUCGGAAAGGGAUUGUUCUUGCCAUGCAGCUUUACCAUCAUGGAGGGCAAAGGUGUGGACAUGCUGUUUGGGUUGGACAUGCUGAGGAGGUACCAGGCGACGAUCGAUCUGGGUAAGAACGCGCUGGUGAUCCAGGGAGAGGAGAUCCGGUUUUUGGACGAACAUGAGCUUCCUGCUGAGGCGAACGCAGAGUAUGAGAUGGACGAAGAGGGCAAGCCGAGACCGGUAGCGGGGAAAGGGGAGGGCGGGACGUCAGCGUUGGGUGCGGCGAGUGCGAAUGCUAAUGCUGCGGCUAAAGCGACUGCUGCUGCGGCGGGGGCGAAGUUCCCGGGUGCUGGACAGGCGGUAGGUGCAGCCGGAGCGAGUGCGAGCAGACCACAGGGUAGCGAGGAACACUUUGAUUCGCAUGGGUGGAGCUUCAGCCAUCCGAGCAGUCAGGCGCAGCCGCAAGCCGCCGCGACCAAUGCUGCUCCUGCAGGAGGAGCUUCGAGUGGAGCAGCAUCGGGGGGAUCGACCAACAAAUGGCCAGCUGAAUCCAUCAAAGCACUGACCGAUCUUGGCGCCUCGCCGCAUCAAGCGGUGUCCUUCCUAGAUGCUGCAGGGGGCAACGUCGAAGUCGCCGCGAGCUUGCUCUUCCAGCAAUGA